AGCAAUUUGAAAAUUUUAAAUCCGGUUAAUCUAGAUAAUAAUUCGGCGGCGACCCGAUUUCUCUAUCCGCGGCCUCUAUUCGACGGAUUCGCGAAACACCUUGUCGCGCCUCGCAGACCGGCUGCGUUCUCAGAGGCCAGGGCGACUCGGUUCUGCGAUCUCCGACCUUUUCUCUUUCAGCGAUCUCUGGUUCAAGAUCAUUCGUUUCUGCUAUUUUCAAAAAGGGAACGUGCGAGGCGGCUGCCGUCACAGUCGUAGUUAGCAGUCACCCCACUCGUCCAAUCGUCGCUCGGCUACGCUCGGCUCGGAUUCCUGCUCCUGGCUUCCUGGCCAUCUACGCGCGUCCUGCGAUGGACCGGAUCAACGACGAGGACGUCCACGGAUGGGAGAUCGUCCGAGAGGAGGAUCUCGUCGAAAGGAGCGACGACGAAAGCGUCGAAAUAAUCAACGGUUAUUCGUCCAAGGAGGAAGAAUCUUCCGCCGAAGAUGAUGAUGAGUGUGAAUCUCCAGAUCAUUUAGGGUUAGGUAACUGCAUCACACCAGUGCAAACAGGUGGUCAACUUGUCCUUCUGCAAGAUGAACUUACAGGUUCAUCUGCCACUGUCAGCUUUCAGGAUGUUGUAGAGACAGUCGUUGUAGUAAUUGCCAUUUCAUCAAUGGGGCUAGCAGUCACCUCUGCUGUUAUGAAUAGAGAAGAUGUUGUUGCACGUCAGAUUCAAAAGUUCCAUUUGGACAACAUGGAUCUCAGAGAACAAAUUAAUUAUUUGAAAAAAGUAAUUCAAGAUUUAAAAAGUUUACAAAUCCCCAAAUACAAACCGGAAGAAGGUGAAUUAAUGGGAUUCAAAACUAGUGCUGAAGAUCCCUUACAACCUUCUCAUCCGUUUUCCAAUCAAGUGAGAAAUGAUUAUAAUGAGAAAAUACACGUGGAGGAACAUGCUAGCAGGAUGGAUACAGAGGAUAAAGUAAACAUGGAAAAUUUCACCCAAGGAAAUUCUUUUGAAAGUCCCUUGCCAAAUAUAGCAGACGAUUUCAUUUCCAGAGGAGAAUUGUUUAAACACUCUAUCAAAACAGAUAUUGAUCUCUUGAACAAUCAAGUCGCGCAGAGUAUACUCAAAACUUCAUUGAGCAUUAAAAACAUCCUUUAUGAAAAGAUUUGCUUGUUGGGCCCAUAUUUUGUGUUGAGUGAAGAAGAUUGUAAAAAACAUUUACCAGACUUGAUAAACAAAGAACCUGUAAUACUUCAAAACAUCAGUCAACUUGUAGAAAUUUCUAAUAACAUUUCUGCUAUUAUAAAUGGAGUUGCUAAGGAAGUUGCUUUCUCCUGGAUGGAACUGUAUGUUAAUUUAUUUGAGAAUAGGUUAAACAAAAUUUCUAAUGAUAUUAACCAAAAUAUUAAUGUUAAUAAUGAAAUUAUGACAAAUAUAUUAAAUCAUGUAACCUCCAAAAAUAACUCUCAAUAUGUCACUUUGAAUGAGAAACAUCAUUGUAAAAAAAUGUGCUCUAGAAUAAAGCAGAAAAAAAGGGAAACUGAUAAAACUUAUAAUAAAAAAGCAGAAAAUUUUGAUAAGCAACAUAAGAACAAGAAAGAGAAAACAGAAAAAAAUGGAAAAUAUAAAAAAGUGAGGCAACCUCAAGAUAAGAAAAAAUUGAAAAAACAGAAUAAUAAAUUUGAACAUAAGAAUUUAAAAAAACAACCACACCAUCAUAAACAUAAGAAAGAAAACGAUGACAAUUACAAAGGAAAAUUUUAUUUUGAUAAAACCAAAUGGAAAUUUGUCACUAAGGGUGGGAAAAUAAAUAAAAACACAAUGCAUAAAAGAAAGGAAAAACAUUGUUGUGGCAUUGGAAACUGCAGUUUUAAAUAUGGUUGUUCAAUAAAUAUGACAUUUGACAACAUGAAGCCUGAAAAGAACUGGUAUAUUGACAUGGGUAAUCAUCGUUCAAGUAAACGAUUUGAAGAGUCAAGAAUUGAGUGGGUGUUCGACAGAGCAAAAGGUCGAAGAUUUAUGAAGAGUUAAAGUUUUAUUUUGUUUAUAAUACGUUUUGCACAAAAAGGUUAUAUUUUAAAUUAAAAUGUAAGUAUUUUACUGGUACAGUAACUUAUUGUUAAAAACGAAUGGUAUGACUAAUAUCAUUGAUUAUGGAUCUGUUUUUAUUUAUUUAUUUAUUUUUUGUUUUUAAGAAUAGUUAUACCACAAAUGUGAUUUGUAAAAAUAUUAGUUGUAUAAAUGUAGAUAUUUUAAACUUUUACCACUAAUUAGUUUUGUUUUCUUUACCACACUGAAGUGUAUUAUAAAGCUUUAAAUUUUCACAAUUACCUGAAUUUAAUUUUAAAUAAAUUGUUUUUAAUAUUG